CACGCCCCGUGUCCGCGAUAAGGCUCGAUCGUCAGGCAUCGAACCUAUAAAGCCCGGCGCUCACCCUCCAAGGUACCUGUUUCCUUCGUGUCCUGCCCGCAAUAUUUUCGCUCUUCACAUAGGCCCUGCGCAACAAUGUCCCAGUACUAGACUCGCGCGCUCCCUUCGCGGGAUGCCCAAUUGCUGGCAUCCAUGGCGGGGUUCGCAGAGCCAGACACGGUUCCCACGCAACGCAUUUUCUAUCACCCAGCAACUGAACGGGAACCCCCUCCUCGACUCGCGCUCCCUAACGGACCCUGCAAUUACCGCGAUGCCUCGGUUGGCCCCUGUGGAUGUGAUCAGUUCUGGGACAAGAGCAGCGCCGAGCUCCACGAUGGCAGCGUCCACCACCGUCCAGCGAGUGAGCGCGUGCCCUGGUGUGUCUGUGGACACCAUGCGUGCUUCCAUCUAAGAAAGCCGCGCGCGCCUGAGCAGCCGACACCUGCCAUGCAAACGGGCACAAAGCACUUGGGACAGCAGGUGAAUGUAGACGAAGCUCAGAGUACCAACGACGAGCGGAUACAAAAGUCGUUCUAUGGCAGUAGCCAGCGACCCCAGCGAACAGCCGCUUCUGAGACCAAUGGGCCCGGUCGCAUGUUGCAAAGUCGUGACACUCCUUCGCAGGUCAGCACGUCUGGCUUGCCUGGACUCCCCUCGAUGUGCAUGCUCUCCAAUGACCGACGCCCAGCGGUUGACGACGAAGCUAGGCAUGCUGUGAACCAGCCCCGUGGCAGUGCAGCAGGGCUUGGACUUUCGAUGUUGAAUAUGGAGAGUAUGCGAUGUAUUGACCGUCAGCAGUCUGCCUCACCCACCAUUGCCGACGACAGCGUCCCGCCACCGCUCCAGAGGGCCUUCAGCGAGCCAGAACGAGCUUCUACCAGAGACAACUCCAUGCCGACCGACUCGAUCAGGCUACUCAGCGACCUGCGCGGCCCCUUCGAGCAGAUCAAGGACUUCAAUCGCAACCUGCACCUCGAUGUCGCCGGCGAUACCAUUCCCAAUACGCUCGAUCCGCACGACUUCAUACAAAGCGCUACCGAGGCUGCAACGCCUAGCGUUCGAGGCACAUCCGACCUUGGUGCUGCUGAUAAUGCUGUGCAGCAAGGGAAAAAGUUGAUUGACACGCUCUCGCGACUGACUUCGGACAAGCCAGGACCGAAUGGCUCACCACACAGGCCUGUCAGCGUCACCUCUGUGCCUGGUCAGCAGCUCCGGCUGCCCAACUCGCCUUCCGUCCAACAAGAGGAGCAGUUGCAGAAUGUUCUCCGGUCAGCGUCACCUCAAGAUCUCCAGAAGCUAGUCUCCUAUCUAGCGCCGCUACACAACUUGCUGAACUCCAUUCCGAACGUGGCAAAGACUAUGAGGGAGCUGGGGCAUCGUUUGGACGUGCUCGAGAAUGGAUCGUUCAACUACGUGCAACCAGAAGACCUUCAUCAAACCCUUGAGAUGUAUGAUGAUAGGCUCAUUACUGUUGAACACCGCAUGGACGAGCAUGAAAAGAUGCAUCAAGCUCUUGAUGCUGACAACAGCAGCGUGUCUCAUAGCAGACGUCGUAUUGACAACGUCACAGGAUCGUUCAACUCCAACCAUUCCCUGCAGUCGACGACCGCCUCAGCGCUGAUUCUCGCUGCUAUGGAACGCAAGGACAAGGAAGCCGAGCUCGGUGAUAUCAAGGGUCGACUGGAGGUUCUGGAAUCUGCGGCUCUACCCACUAUGCUCAAUCCAUGGGAAGUCGAGGUUGUGUUACUGCCAUGGGGUCGUGAACUACGUGGUAUCUGGUUCUCUCCUGAUCAGCCAAUGCACGACUCCUCCAAGACUACUACUCAAGAUUCCGAGGAAUGGACACAAGCCAGGAACCUGAAGCCAGCUCAAAGCCUGCGAGACACUGACUCGAGUCCGACCCCUGGCGCAAAGGGCGUAUUCAGCGACACGGAGAGUGGAUGGAGCAGUCAAGCCAUCAGUGACUGGGCAUCUGGAUCGACGGACGACUGGCUGCAUCCUAAGGCUUGUGGUGCUAACAAUCUGGUCUACAAGCGGCUCCUCAGCCGAGGUUUCAUUCGCAACAUCACCUUGCAUAGCGCUAGUGCUCGAGACAUACAAGCUACGUUGUCGCAUGCAUUCAGCGAUGUCAUGGAGUGGUUGCAAUUCACCGACCGAGAUGAAGAUCAGAUGGUCGCCGCACACCCUGCUUUGAAAGCCUCCUUCAUCCCACUACGCAAGGUCAUGAAGGAGUCUAAGCUUCAUUUUCUCACUCCGAGUGAAAUGUCGAGCUCUGCACAUUGGUCAGCGCAGUUCCUCGCUGCUGGCGUGGUCAUGCGGGUGUCAGGCGGCAAGAGGAGGCUCUAUGUUACGCAGCGUGAAGCAUACGUGCAACGGAGUGAUAAGAUGGGCAGCUCGUGGACGUGGCAGGAACUGCGGCAGUUGCCGCGUUACCAGCCAGACAAAGACUCGCAGAUGGAAGGCAAUGACGAGCACUGCCAGCCUGUGCCAGAGGCAGACGCAAAGGAGGCAUGUUGGCAGUACUACGCCACAUAUGACGCUCCACCUGUCAGUGUGCAUUCCUCGUUCAGCAGUCAUCAAUCAGUCGAGCUGUCGGUGCGCCCUGCAGACCGACAGUGGCGGCGAUCAAUUACACCCAAUUCGAUCCUGAAGAACAGGCAACAGCAGCCACUCUCCCCUCUCAGCUUGUUCCAUCAGCAACGGCCUAGAUCCCUCAGCCGCACAGCAUCUACUUCUGUCCUAGAAGUUCCUGGCUCAGCGAAGCGCCGUCUGAACUCAUCUCCCACCAAGCACGCAUCAUCACAACCAAUGCACUCACGUGCCCCGAGUGUCUCUGUAUCUCGGCUGAAGCGUCGACGAGUCACAGACUCCUUGUCGCCGCGUGAAGAGGUAGCUGUUCCUGACAUGGCGCCAGUCACAAUAUGGAAUCCUACUCCUCGACGUUCACGGGAGCCACCAUCUCCUCACUUUACGCAUCCUGCCCUACCAAGGUCAAGCUCAGAUGCUACAAGUCGUCCUAGUCAACGAUCUGUGACCCGUACGAGCAACCCUGCGGCGUUCGCCUAUGCCACACCAGCUUCAGGGCCGUUCCUUGGCGGCCCUGCUUUUGGUGGCUACAACCAGGGAGGAGACACAGAGCCUGAUGACGAUAGUGGCGAUGAGAACGAGGAUGCCGAAGACGCCGACGAUGAUGAUGAUGAUGGCGAGCAGAGCUGGCACGGUGUCACGGACGGUGAUGAGGCCACUGUUACAUCUUCUGACUCUGAUGCUGGGGCAGGCGCACAAGAGAUGGUGAGCUUCUCGGGUGACGAUAGCGGCUUCGAAUCUGAGAACGACGCUUCACAAUCAGAUGGAGACCGGACACCCACCACAAGACGAAGGCAACUCGAUGAGGACGAAGAUGAAGACGACGACAUGGACGCCGACGACGGUGUCGAGAUCUUCGAUACCUUACUGGAGGUGCUGGAGCCCAGCCACCACCAGUGCACACUAUACGACUGCGACUCAUCGUAGACUCAGGUAACACGGCGUUCAGCGCACGCAAAAUACGGGGUAUAGCGUACCGCGGCAGACCAAAAGUUACCCUUCAGGACUAUUGUUUAUGAUUCACUAGGAUAGAUACAUACGGACAGGACCGGGAGAUUUGGGCUUUCGAUUUUCGACAUCUGGGCGUUAUUGAGCGGCUUUUGUAUCAUACUGUCUCACAUCGCUGGCUGGGGGUUUUUUACUGUGACGAUCUCAUCUUUGACCCUGGUUAAUGUGAAGGGUUGUAUCAAAAUGGCAUAACGAUCGUAGCGCGUGGCACCGCGAUGCGAUGAUUGCC